CCCAUUUUUACCUGUCCCUGAAACUAUACAAAGCCUAUAAUUAUGGGCGAAACUCACAAGGCAGUGGCUAGAACUAAAGUUCGGUCUAAACGAGCGCAAUAUGUCAAUCAGGCUUGGUGGUUAUCACCGUCCACCUUACAUAACGCACCUACAUAGAGCUGACUGCAGCUCUAGCACCUACUGUAGACGACGCAAGACCAAGUGUGACGGUGAACAGCCUUGCGGGGGAUGCUCUUCGCUACGUAAGAUAUGCGAGUAUGAAAUGCCGCGAAGUCAGCCCAAGUCAGCCCUGGCGAGCCCUCGGGAUACUCUUACCGCACCUGUCCAUACUAUCAGUUCUGGUAACACGGCUGCCGAAGGUAAUUCCAAGACGGACACCAACCAAUCAACUCAUAUCUACGGCGAAACCCAGAAAGUCCAAAUUAUGCCAGAUACUUUGCAAAGCGUUCCAGAGUUCUGCGGCCCGUCAAGCUCCGAAUUCGCUUUCAAAGCCGUCAGUGGUAACCUCAGGGAGAUGGGCAUGCCUUCUGCUCUUCUCAGCAAGCUGAGCUGUGAUUAUGGUAACCUUUCAGGGGUCCCAUCUCACUUUUCGAAUUAUGGCCCGUUCAUGAAGCUUGUAGCCAUGGAUCCAUUAUGGGAUAUACCUAAAACAGAGGCUGUUACUCUUGUUAAGAAAUGGUUCACUAACAUGGGUAGUCUUUACCCGUUUCUGCGCGAGGAGAAGCUCAUAGAUACGGUCGACGGAGUAUAUGCAGUUAUAGGGCCUAUCAGCGGCGGGACGCCUAUCCCUAGAAGGGAGCUAGCAACAGAGGCUCUUUUAAAUGACGAGACUAACAAGCUAAAGAUUGUUCUAGCUGUUAGCAAAACAAUGGAGAAUGGUGGUAGAAAUGAUCAGGCUCAGCGGCUGUUUCAAAGUACAACAGAAGCAGUUGAGAGUUUGAUAUGGAACCCAAGUGGCAUCAGCGGCAUACAGCUGUUGGUAUUGACUGCCAUUUACCAUUAUCAACUCGACGACGAAGUACGCACUGGGAGGAUGAUUGGGCUUGCAGCAAGACUCUGUUUGGAGAUAGGACUACAUCGACACACAACUAUAAAGAAAGUGUUUGCGAAUCAUGAGGAUCGAAAGACUGCGUUGAAUGUCUUUUGGUCUGUAUACAUGCUCGAAAGACGCAUUUGUCUUGGUCAGGGUAUUCCUUACUCUAUCCAAGAUUCCUACGUGGACCAGUCGCUAUUUCUGCAGGAUAACUCAGAUCCUGUACUCCGCUGUCUGCUCCAAUGGACUAAGCUCGUAGGUCGUGCGUGGAGGGUUAUGAACAUCGACGGAGAGAAUGGAACGGAGGUUCAUGGGGAUGAUCUUGAGUACCUGGACGCCCAAGCUAGUCAGUGGUAUGACGAUCUACCACAACACUUGAAGCUCGACGCAAGCCUUGGCCAAAGUGAACCAUUCUCAACGUCACUCUUUAUCCAAGCAGCUCUGUAUCUUCGGCAGAGUCUUCUUCGCAACUUGAUAUUCCGGCCUGUACUGCAGUCCGUCUCUCGCAUCAGCCACCACGAAGCCAAGGCUCAUGUCGCAGUAGCCCUGGCCAAAGGUGCGGUCUCCACGCUUUGCAGACUGAGUACUCACAGAACCUUGAUAUUCUCCCAUGUGCUCUUCUUCAAACAUCUUUUAGUUGCAGCAUUUGGGAAUAUUCUACUCGCAGUUGUACAUGCCCACGGCCUGUUCUGGAAUACCGUGCAAACGGAGUUUGAUCAAGCCCUUGAUCUUAUUGAGCUUCUCAGCACAAGGUCACCCCCAAUGGUCCGGUUAUGGCAGCGCCUGCAGGGCUUGCGAGAGCUUCCUGAAAGGCUGAAUGGGCUGUCAAAACCGGCCUUGUCAAGUGACCGUCAGACACGACCCAAUGAAGACCAUGGAAGGGAUAGUUCAUUGCCAGGCUCACCAACUGAUUUGAUGUUCUUCAACUCGACCCUACCUUUUGAAUCCUUGUCGGGAGACUUCGCGUUCUUGUCUGACAUCGGGAUUGGAAUUGAUGGAUUUCCUGAUUUUUCAUUCCUUUUACAUGAGCCCCUAGAAUGAAGGCGUUACCAGGUAUGGGAGCUUACUCUAAAUAACAGACAGUUUGUUAGUAUGGGCUGACUGAAGGCUGGUUAUAAAAGUGAUAAAGAGGCGGUUGAGCAAG